CCACGACAAUAACACCAGGUUGCUCCGACACCAUCACCACCAUAACAACAAGACAUGUCGGCCUCCUCCCACUACUCUGACUCAUUUUGUGGCUCUUCUUCAUUCCUGAAUAGAUGGAAAACAAAAAGCAAACAAGGGCUUUCCUCUCGCCGUGAUUCAGAGGGAUUACCCUCUUUUUUUCCACGCGUCCUCUUGAGGACACACCCAUUUUGUGGGCGACCGCGACAUUAAAUAAUGACUACAUUGACGUGCAAAAUACGUUUGUAUCAACACCCGCACUGAUGCAAUGCACGAUACGAACAUCGAAGAACGUGUCUACAUGUCAUGGAAUGUCAUCAUAUCUGUGAUGACAGGCAAACGUUCAGCGACAAAUGACUCCCAAGUAUGUGAUUGAAACCCAACAUUGCAACACAAAGAUUUGUGCAAUCACAGGACGUUCUCGCCUCAGCUCUGAGAAGACAAGGCUUUGAUACAAAGUAUCAAGUAUUUAGUGGGAAAAAUCAGCUUUAUCGGACAUUGGUGUGGUUUCUUCCAUCGGAGGAAGUCCAAUAAUUCACUGCUGAUCAAGGAAUUGAUCUGAAUCCCAUUACUACAGGGGGAGGAGUUGAGUGAGCAAAAGGCAUCUCUGUUUUAUCAGCUGCUAGUUGGAGGAAGACUUUCUUCUCUACAGCCCGGCUGACAUGGAGGAGCUACUACUACCACUACUACUACCAGGACUACUACCAGUACUACUACCAGUACUAGCGAUUACCAGCACACAACGCAAGAUCACUUGCGUGCUCGUCUUCUUUGUGGUCUUUGUGUGGAGGUCAGAAGGUGAGAACAAAGCCAACUGUCCCAGACCGUUCCAAGGAAAUCACAAAGUCCUGAGUCUCGAGUCAGUUCUGGUCAACUCCUUCCAGGAAGGUUCCAGCGCCAUCAUGGAGUGCGGCACCGGCUAUGUGCUGGAGAGCGGCUCCGGCUCCAUCACCUGCCACGACGGCAACUGGACGCAGCUGACUCUCACUUGCAAAAAGAAGGACUGCGGGCCUCCCACGCCUCAACCCAACAUGACCUUCAACAUCAGCGCCGGCACGCUCCUCGGCGACGUCAUCAAGGUCACGUGUGACGAAGGUUACCGCAUCAGAGGAUCCAGCUACAAGGAGUGCAUCGCUGCAGGCUGGAAGGGAACAGCCAGCUGUCUAACUAUUACCUGCCCAAAGCCUGCAGAGAUGACCAACGGCAAAGUCUUGUGGGACUCUCAGGACCUGCCAAAGUACGGCGAGACCCUGCAGUUUGAGUGUGAUGGCGGCUACACGCUCACUGGGGAGCGCAGCCUCGUGUGCGGCAAGGGCGGCAAAUACCAAGCUCCGCCUCCUCAAUGCAAAGAGGCGUCCACCUCAACGAGUCCUUCGGCCACAACACCUGCUCUCAGAGAUAAAACUAUCACCACAGCAGCAGCCACCAACACAUCACAAGAAAAAAGCGAUAUUGCUGCAAACGCCACUAAGGACACUGAUUAUCUUCCUGUUGUGGUCAGCGUCAUUUGCAUCUCACUAGGCGGCUGCAUCGUAGCAAUAUGUCUGCAUAGGUUUCUUCUCAAGAAGAAAGGGUCAUACGACACUCGAGAAGACCUGAAGCCCGAGUUACUGAGCUUCCAAAAUGUGUAGAAGGUCCGCCUCACCUCACCAAGGGAGGGUUGGAAGAGUGCCUAUCUGCUGGGGAGCAUCUGGGAGCCAGGAAGGACGUGCCAACAACACCCGCAGCAGUUCCUCCGUCUGCAAAGGAAGAAAAAAAGGGAAUUUAUUUAACUCUGGCGUCCACUGGCAGUCGAGUCUGCUGAGUCAAAAUGUGCUUUUUGUUUCCAUUGUUAUUUAAUCGAUGUGUAUUUUAAUGUAUUAUUUAUGUUGAAAACUGGAAUAAAGAGAGGAGAGGGGGUGUUACAAA